UGCAAGCCUGAGCUCUCCAUCUGCUUUGGCAGAGUGGGAUCUUUGGACCCAGACCCUUCCCAUUCACAGAGAGAAGGGGAAGACCGCUGCCUGCCUGAGAAUCUGUAGAAGCUCAGGAAAAAUAUGAGCUGGCCCUAUUCCUGCAUCUCCUUUUGCUGGAUUUACUUUGCUGUCUCCAGACUGAGAGCUGUAGAAGCAGCAGAUGGAAAAUAUGCUAAGAAGUUGUUUAAUGACCUUUUUGAAGAUUAUUCCAAUGCUCUUCGUCCAGUAGAAGAUACAGAUAAAGUCCUGAAUGUCACCCUGCAAAUUACACUUUCUCAGAUUAAGGACAUGGAUGAAAGAAACCAGAUUCUGACUGCCUAUUUAUGGAUCCGCCAAAUCUGGCAUGAUGCGUAUCUCACAUGGGAUCGAGACCAGUAUGAUGGACUGGACUCCAUCAGGAUCCCCAGUGACCUGGUAUGGAGGCCUGAUAUUGUCCUAUAUAAUAAGGCUGAUGAUGAAUCUUCUGAGCCUGUGAACACCAAUGUGGUCCUGCGCUAUGAUGGGCUGAUCACCUGGGAUGCACCAGCCAUCACCAAAAGCUCCUGUGUGGUGGAUGUCACCUAUUUCCCUUUUGAUAACCAGCAGUGCAACCUGACCUUUGGUUCCUGGACCUACAAUGGCAACCAGGUGGACAUAGUCAAUGCCCUAGACAGUGGCGACCUCUCCGACUUCAUCGAAGAUGUGGAGUGGGAGGUCCAUGGCAUGCCCGCUGUGAAGAACGUGAUCUCCUACGGUUGCUGUUCUGAGCCUUACCCAGAUGUGACAUUCACUCUCCUUCUGAAGAGGAGGUCCUCCUUCUAUAUCGUCAACCUCCUCAUCCCAUGCGUCCUCAUCUCUUUUCUGGCCCCCUUGAGUUUUUAUCUCCCAGCAGCAUCUGGGGAAAAGGUCUCCUUGGGAGUGACCAUCCUGUUGGCCAUGACUGUAUUUCAGCUCAUGGUGGCAGAGAUCAUGCCGGCCUCAGAAAAUGUCCCACUGAUAGGCAAAUACUACAUAGCCACAAUGGCCUUGAUCACAGCCUCCACCGCCUUGACCAUUAUGGUGAUGAACAUCCACUUUUGUGGGGCUGAGGCCCGGCCGGUGCCACACUGGGCCAGGGUCGUCAUCCUGAAAUACAUGUCCAGGGUCUUGUGUGUCUAUGAUGUGGGUGAGAGCUGCCUUAGCCCCCGCCACGACAGGCAGCAAACCCACCUCACAAAGGCUUAUGGCAAACUUCCAGAGCCAAAUCUGCAAACAGACAGAAACAAAGGCCUUCCCAGAAGGAAGGAAAUAAACAAACUGGUGAAGAAUGACUUGGGGUGCCAUGGUGAGAACCCACAAGAUGCUGACAGUUACUGUGCACAGUACAAGGGGCUGACGAGGAAUAUCGAGUACAUUGCCAAGUGCCUCAAAGACCACAAGGCCACCAAUUCCAAGGGGAGCGAGUGGAAGAAGGUUGCAAAGGUCAUAGACCGAUUCUUCAUGUGGGUUUUUUUCAUUAUGGUGUUCGUGAUAACUGUUUUGAUCAUCGCAAGAGCAGAUUAGUGGGCAUUUGGUGUGUAGAGACAAAUCAGUAAAAUUCCCUGUGAUCUACUUUAAUAUUUUUCCAAG